AUGCGAGAGCUUGGCUAUUUCUUGAUUAACAGCCUCAGUCAGUCCACGUCGCUUAGGGUAAUGGAUGCAAAGAGGACUCACUUCAUUGCCUCCGAGAUGGCUUUUCUUCCACUCUGGCCGGCAGCUUUGGCCUCGUCCAGGUCUCAGCAGCAACUACAAUGGGGCUCGAAACCAGAUCAUGCGAAUAAAGUGGAGACACAUCACCACCAGACCACACAACCAAGUGUCGGUGCCAGUAGGUAG